AUUAUCCCUUUAAUCAUAAUGUUAUAUUGCAUCUACAUAAUUGAAAAAACUAUUGUGCAGUCUCAAUGCUCUUAAAGGAAAACUGAGUUAAUGUAGGCCUACACUUUAAAUAUUUCACUGCCUAUUCAGGUGACGAUAUCCUGUGCUUAUACGGCUAAUAUACAAGCUCGAUUUCACCGAAAACGGACAAUAUAAAGAUAUUUCUUGUAAAAGAUUUAAAUAAAGCCCCACAUACUGUGGUAAGUCAUGUGACUUUCUUGUUGACAAUUUGUGUGACCUGCGCUUACCUGGGUCCCGUAACUCGAAAGCAUCGCGUAUUGCGAAUAGCGAUAUCACAGAGAGGCUACAAUGUAUUAUAUGGGACGAGCUUUCAAGUUACGGGAGCCCAGGUCGCAGACAAGAUGACGACAGAACUGUCUCGUCGGACUGAAGAGUACUGCAAAAGAGUUCUAGACAAAAACGCCUCAAACCAAGAUAUUGUGGAGGCCUACAACGACUGGGCUCAGAUAUACGACGAUUCUGUGAAGUCGCUGAAUUACGAAUGUCCGUCCGUAGCGGCUGAAGAGAUGAAGAAACUUUUUCAAGAAAAGCAAGACGCCCUCAUUUUAGACGCUGCAGCAGGGACUGGCUUAGUGGGUUCAGAGUUGAAGAAAUGUGGGUUUCACAACCUCGAUGCCUUGGACGCCAGCGAAGAAAUGUUGGAAAUAGCGAAGAAAAAGAAAUUGUACAAAAAUGUCGUCUGCGAUUUUUUAGGCCCAAACCGCCUUGACAUACCAGACGAUACCUACGACGCUGUCGUAAUAGUUGGAAGUUUUAAUCCAGGUCACGUGAACGGAAGUUGCUUGGCUGAACUGAUACGCAUCGUUAAGUCAGAUGGCUACAUCGUGAUCGUCAUGAGAAAGGAAUUGUUGGACGAGAAAUUUGGACGAGAUCUUCUGGAAAUAAUGGAUGGCCACGUCAGUGCAGGACGCUGGGCAGUGGUUUCCAGGCAUCCAGCUCCUCGCUACUCCUCUCUUAACAAAGGGAUGGUGUUUGUACAUCGCGUUCAAUGAACUUUUAAAUGAACAUUCAGGCACCUAUGUGUUACUGCGUGAUAGCAACGUGUAUCUUGGGUUGCUAAUGCGAUGGUGGAUUUAAUUUUAUGAUUUUAUGAUUGGCUCAUGCGAUGAGUAAGUGCAACACACAGUUUGUCUAACUGAAAAAAUUAAUAUCAUGUUUUACCUAAAUUUAUCUUUUGUUUUAAAGUUAUGUCAACCACCUCGUUGAAAUAAUUCGCAAUUCCUGUGAAAUUCACGCCUUAGUUUAGAAACAAAAAUCAACCCCAACUAAAUGAAUAAAUACCACAAUACCACACUAUCCUGCCGUUACAAAAAUAUAACAAUUACUUUAGUAAUUUUUAACGAAUUUGAUAAUAUAUGUACGCAAUAAUGACCAUACUUGCGGUAUAAUAAAAGUGCGAAACAAAAACUUUGUCGAUGAGCGUAAAAAUUAAAACCGGUGUAACGUGACAGAGAGUCCUCCUUAACAGAGAGUCCGCAUCCCACUCAUUUCUACAGAUGAACUUCGCCCUAGAUU